AGUUUUGGGCCCCUCACUACAGGAAAGACGUGGAGACCCUGCAGCGUGUCCAGAGAAGGGCAACAAAGCAGGUGAGGGCUCUGGAGCGCAGGCCUUACGAGAAGCAGCUGAGGGAACUGAGAUUGCUUAGCCUGGAGAAGGCUCAGGGGAGACCUUGCCUGGUGCUCAGCUACCUGCUGGGUUAAACCACGUGUCUGCACACUGCACUCCCACAGCCACUUCAGGCUUCGAGAGCCAAAGUCAAAACAAGCCAUCUACUUAGGCCCUAAAAGCUGCAUUUGUGCCUCGAAAGAAUGGGAUGGGACCGAUAAAGGAGGUUUUGUGCCCUGAAGUAAGGCUCUGGGUCCUUCCAAGGUGGGCUGGAGCCCCUACAACGGCAGUUCGCACAGUGACAAGCAGCUUUUGCUCCUUAGCAGAGGCUCUGCACAUUCCAAAGUAGAAAUCUGACCUGCAGAGCAGACACUGCGGCUUUUCAGCAUGAGGAUUUGAACCCUGGGAAGGAGCGCUGGAUGCUGCCCAGAUGGCUGAGACCGUCCAUGGAGGCCUCGGGCCCCCGGCCUCGAUCCAUGCCACCAAAAAGGACGGCUCGCUCAGCACGCACGAGGCGGCGAGCCCUCCGCAGAGAUUAACAGGAGAGGUCGGAUUCUACACAGUAGAGGUUUUGAUCCCAUACCACAGUUUAGGAAACUUAAAUGAAGCAUUCGCACAAACAAAGGAGCACGGAACGGCCAUUGUGACACGCGGGGUGCGGAACUCUGUUGCCAAGGCUGCGGGGCUCAGGCCGAGCUCAGUGCGACCUGGUGAGGUUGUCACGCGGAGGACGAAGCCCAGCACUGAUGGGACAGAGACUCUGCAAGUGGUUUCAGUCAACUGCGGAGACGCAGGAGGCCGCCGGCUCGAGGGGGCCAGCAUGCGUGCUCUGUGGCCGAGUGGAUCAGGACUCGAGCAUCCUUGGGGAAAUGGAAGAGCACCGUGGAUUCUGUUUCCAUAAGUUUUGUGUGAUAUUUAUCAAUGAUCUUUGUGAAGAUGUGGGAGACCACACUGGCCUAUAUUUUUGGAUUAAAGACCUGAUACUCAAAUUGAGGGAGGCAGAACAGACGCUCUGCUUUGUUUGUGGCAAGCGCGGGGCCAGCAUCACCUGUGCAGAGCCAGGCUGCAACCGCAGCUUCCAUCUCCCCUGCGCUUCCAAGGGUGAAUGCGUCACCCAGUACUUUGGAGAGUUCAGGUCCCUCUGCAUGGAGCAUUGCCCACAGCAGGCAGUGGAGGCAGCGCCGGCGCAGGACACAACCUGCAUCAUCUGCAUGGACCCCGUGGGGGACAGCGUGUCCUACAGCACCAUGGUGUGCCCAGCCUGCCAAAACGCCUGGUUCCACCGGGCUUGCAUCCAGGAACAGGCCAUGAGCGCCGGGUUUCGUUGCUUCCAAUGCCCCGUCUGCAGAGACAGAUACACGUUUAUUAUGGACAUGCGCCUUAUGGGGAUCCGAAUCCCAUUCAGAAGACCAACAUGGGAAGACAACGAUGCCUACGCAUCACUACUGGAGAGGCACGGGAGCUGCGAUGCCAGCAUCUGCCUUUGCCCACAUGGCAGGGAGCAGGCAGAGGAAGAGGGGCCCUGGCAGCUGCUCCUCUGCAGCUCCUGUGCCGCACAAGGCACUCACCGGUGCUGCUCCAACUUGAGUCACAGCACAACCAGCUGGGAGUGCAGCGCCUGUGCUGGAGAGGACACCGCCUCCAGCACCAACUCAGGCCUUCCUGGCUGCCACACCACCAGCCAGGCACCAUCAGGGCCAGAUAACUUUUCCCCCGGGCCUGAGAGCAGCGGCCUGUCCAGCCAGCGCAGGUCAGACCGGAGGAGAAUCCGCCCGCGUGCACAGCGGGAUGAAGAUGAGCCGCGACGACACC